GCCAACUUCACUUCGAAUCCAGCCGUCAUGUGAACUAACCUAAGAUUUCCUGAUAUCAAUCUGAAUUCAGUAAUUUCGGCACAAAUCUACUAAAAUGGCUAACGAAACUGCAAAAUUUAAACUUAAUGUUGUGCCAGGUGAUUAUGGACUGGUUUCUCUCGAUCCGGAAUGUAUCCAAUCAAUACUCUACACGAGAAUGGCUAAAGUGCCUUGUGAUAUAAGACUUUCUAGCUCUUACAGAGUGUGUGCAUUGUUUUCUACUCCGAGUUUAGUUGAUGGGAAUGAAACUAUUAGAAGUCAUCAAGAUAUAGCACAGCAUCUGCGUAUGAAGAACUACAAUGUAGAUUUUGGAUUGACUAGAAACCAAUGUAGUAGAACGUUGGCUAUCUCCUCUAUGGUAAACGAGAAAAUAAAACCGCUUUUGGAAUUCAUUAUGUGGAUAGACAAGAGGAAUAGUGAAGAGUUGAUUAUUCCUUGGCAUAUGAAAGCCCUAUGUAUUCCAUUCAACUAUUUUUACACCAAUCAACGAAAACAGAGUGCUGAAAACCUUAUCGAAUCAAUAUUUCCUAUGGAAGAAAAUCCAGAAGUUAUAAAAGACUAUCUCACUAAAGCUGCCAUUGAUGGUUUCAGUUCUCUGUCUGUAGUAUUAGGAGGAAACGAAUAUUUUUUCGAAAAAACUCCAACAUCUUUAGAUAUCCUAGUAUAUUCCUAUUUAGCACCGUUCCUGAAACUACCAUUCCUAGCUGUAGAUAUUGGAAAUAUGGUGAGAAAUAUGUGGCCUAGCUUGGAAAAAUUUGUGAAAAGAAUAGAUGCGAAGUAUAUCCCCGAUAUCAUAGACAAUCCUAGAAAUUUAGUUCAAAUAGAAAGAAAUAUGGACAACGGUGAUGAUGUGUCGAUAUCGGCUAUAAUUAUAUUAUCGGUUAGUGCAGUUAGUCUUGUGAUGACAUUUAUUAUUCAGAAAGGAUUCUUCAGGUGGAGAUGAACAGUGUUUUUUUUGUAGUAAUUUUUUUACCUCAUGGUUGUUUGUUAAUUGAUUUGUUUUUAUUUGAUAGUCAUGAAUUAGAGAGAUAUUUAAAUCCUCGAUAGUUUUUGAUAAAAAUCAAUUGCGGCAACUGUUUUUUCAAUAAACCUUCUUGUUUAUUAAAUGUCUUUAAUUCCACCAUAGGAAAAUAUCAAGGAUUCUACACUAUUCGAAAUUCCCAGUUGUAUUAAAAUUUUUCAAAUAAUUAUUGCUUUUUUGAAUACUCAAAUUAAGAAAUCAAAUUUUAUUU